AACUUUCAGCUGCUGCCCGUGGUUGGAGUUGGAGCGGGUGGUAUCACGUCUCUCACCGAAGGAUUCUGAAUUUCUCUUUCAACAAACAGGCAUCUCAAGUGGUCCUGUGCAUUCUCCGUGACCUUCUUAAGCCUUCUCACGGGCCUGGUUGCAGACGGCUAUUUCUAUGGAACUGAUUCAGUCCUCAAGUCGUGAUGAAGCAGCACAGUUGGUGGAGACCAGCUGCCCUCUGAAAGCCACCGAGGACAUCUGGUUCAGAUGCUGUUCCUGCACUUACUUCACCAAAGAUCAGCAUGGAAUUGUGAGCCACCUGGUUGUCCAUGGUGAUGAACAAGUCAAGUGCCACCAUCUCCCCGUGCCUCCCAGCUCUAGGUCCAUAGUGCACGCCAACACUCAAUUGCACAGAGGUGAUAAGUUCUUUAAGUGCAAACUGUGUCCUCUAUCCUUCGCUCGAAAUGCCUAUUUGACCCGUCAUAAUCGAACUCAUACGGGUGAAAAGCCUCAUAAGUGCAAGCUGUGCCUCCAUGCCUUUACUAACCGUAACCAUCUGGUCGAGCACAAUCGAAUACACACAGGUGAAAAGCCAUUCAAGUGCGAGCUGUGUCCCCAAAGCUUUGCUCGGGGGUCUGGUCUGACCGAUCAUAUUCGAACACACACAGGUGAAAAACCAUUCAAGUGCAAGCUGUGUCCCCAAAACUUUGCUCGGAGGUCUAGUCUGACACAUCAUCUUCAAACACACACAGGUGAAAAGCCAUUCAAGUGUAAGCUCUGUCCUGAAGCCUUUGCUCGGAAGUGCAAUCUUAGAAACCAUAAUCAGAAACACCACAGUGAAACACCUUAUAAGUGCAGGGUGUGUUCCCAAGCCUUUGGUCAAUUUAGCAGUCUUAUCCACCACAACCAAGCACAAGGUCACAAUCCAUUCAAGUGCAAGCUGUGUCCCCGAGCCUUUGCUCGGAAGUCCUGUUUGACCCGUCAUAUUCGAACACACACAGGUGAGAAGCCUUAUAUGUGCAAGCUGUGCCCACAAGCCUUUUCAAGGAGUUCCAGUCUAAAUCGCCAUAAUCGAACACACAGUGAUUAAGAGCCUUACAUGUGUAAACUGCACCCCCAAGCCUUUGCUAGCAGUUCAAAUCCGAUCUGCCAUAAUUGAAUGCAUGGUAGUGAAAAUCCUUAAGAGCACAAACAAUGCCCCUUAGCUUUUUUUUUUUUUUUUUGCUGGGAAUAGAAGUCUGAUCUACCACACUGAAGUGCACGUCUUGAAACACACAUUUGUGAAAACCCUUACGAUUCAAAUGUAAGUUGAGCCUUCCAUGCUAUAUAAUGUGUGUAAUCAUUCAUCUCAUGUAGAAUUGUAUGCUAUUUCAAGUUAAAUAUUUAAGUGCGAGCAAUGUCCCAAAGUCUUUGCUUACAUUAAUAGUAAAGGUUGCCACAUUGAAGUGCAUAUGUGCAUAAAGCCUGUCGAAAACAUUUUCUAAAUUGUUUUGUUUCAUCAGGCAUGCACCAACACAUGAGGUUGACAAAUUUAAAGGAGUUGUGCGAGAAUUUCUGAACUUCAGUGAAUUUCGAAAUUAAGUAAAUGAAGAACAGAAGACCACCUUCCUUGUACGGAAUGGUGGUUUUUAUCUUAAAAUAAAUAAAUAAAAGUUUGGACUUUGGAGUACCUCUCAACUCUCUUACUGUCUUUUGAGUGACGUCACUUGGAGAACUACUUGGUUUCCCACUGGGCUCUGCCUUCAGGGCCCUAGCACUCCCUUCGCAAUUUAUCAAAGAUUGGCAUCGACGAGGGUCGCUGCGAGCGGUCAAGGAAAAAACGCGGUUCACCACGGGGCUGAGGGCCAGAGGGGUGGUUAUUAUUUGGGCCCGUUCUCGUUUUGACCUUCUUGUUCGGGCUUUCUCAAAAGGCCCUUCUCGGUCGUGGCCUCUGCAUUUGAUCCAUUCUCGUUACAUCCUUCGUGUUUCAUCUUCCAAGAAAAAAAAAAAAUAAAAUCGGGCCACUUCGAGGUGUCGGCGUUACGGCUCGGUCUCCGCGUAUCCCCGAAGAAGCUUCUUCAAGUCCACCCUGUUAUCAAUUUAGCCUAUCUCCAAUAUAAUUUAUUUUUGAAAAUAAAUGACGUCUUGACAACUGGGUUUUUGGUAAUUAAAGAAACAUUAGGUUUAGUAUUCUCGAUAAAAUUUUAGGUUUCAUGACGGACACUAUUGGUGGUCGCGUACCACCAUCGCACAGUGCUCUUGCUCUGAGUUCCGCAGGUAGGCUGGCGCAUAGUUCCCUUGCGCGGCUUGGUCUCGCCCAUGGCUGUAACCCGAUGCUGCAUCCGGUCUGACGUCAGCCAGUCUCACCUUCACGGAAUUCACGUGCGAGACCUUGGUGCCGAGCUAGAAUAAAUCACAAUCUUCCGAGAACACAACCUUGUGCCCAACGAAAUAAAAGAAAAGGGCAGCACAGAAUGGCGCUCGCUUGGAAUGCGCUUGGCAAAAUAAAAUAAAAGGGCCAAAACAGAAUGGCGCUCACUUACAUUUGGGCAUCCUGGCAUUGUUAACGUCCUUGUUAACGACAACGAAAAGCAAUGCUUAUGCAAAUUAAGAACGAUGAAUCUUUCACGUUUCUUAAUAAUAAUAAAAAUAUGAAUACACAUGAAUGGACACUACAUAUAAGUGAACAGCACAAUGAAUGCAUCAAAGCUUCAAUGGACGUUAUGCAACAAAAAACAACAUCAACAAAAUCAAUACAAGCAAAAAGUAAUAUGUUUCAAAUGUGCUCACUUCGGAGUUGCACACUUACGUGCAGAGCGCCUCGGGAGCCGAACGGUGACUUUCUCCCUGGUGGAUUCUGCUUCUUCUGACGAUGAUGUGUCGUCUUCCAAGUCUGUUUUCUUUGUUGUCGACGUCCAUUCCUUCAACUGGGAAACAUGCGCCGUAGUUGCGAAUCUACUGGCCUUGGUCUUGUCAAGCUCAGUGACGCGAUAUGUGUCGGAUGGAAGAACCUGCGUCACAACCAAAGGCCCUCUGUACUUUGCUUAAGCCUUCAUUGGCUUGCCUGUUGGUUCAAAGGCUCUUCUCAUGAAGACUAUGUCUCCGACAUCGUACAGUCGCGCAGGGAAGUGUCUUCGGUCGUAUGCGGUUUUCAGUUUUUCUUGUUCCUCAACGAGGUACUGUCGCACCUGUUCCCGCAUUUCCUUGGGGUCUUGCCACACCGGUUCCUCAGCUUCGACUAGCCAUUUUAAUGCGGUGUUGUGAAAGUCUGGUUGAUAUCAGUGUAGCAUCUCGAAGGGGGUCUUUCCCGAUGUUUUAUUCACGGAGUUCAAAUUACCCUCAGCUAAAUUCAGUUUUGCGUCCCAGUCGCGCUGCUGGGGGUCUGUCAUGGAGAUUGUGAUGACAGGCAGUACAGUCCUGUUCACCGUCUCCACUUGACCGUUCGCUUGUGGGUGUCAUGUAGAAUUAAGCACGUGGUGUGUGGCUCGUACACUGCAAAACUCCUCAAAUGCCCGAGUAGUAAAACGACUUCCCCUGUCUGUGAUUAGGGUUCUCGGGAGGUUUCUUUCCAGGAUAAGCUCCUGCAGAGCCCGCAGUGCGCGCUUGGUCGAUGUGUCGCGCGCUGCGAAGAGUCUCACAAAUUUUGUUAGGUUGUCAAUGAUGACAAGUAGGUAUUGUUUCUGCUUCUUACUUUGCAUGAAUGGACCCAUGUGAUCUAUGGGCACCACCUCAAAUGGUUGCGUGCCUGGUUGUAUGGGGUUAAGGAGACCUUCUCAUCUGCCAGCAGGUAUCUUGUUGAAAAUGCACUCAAAACACUGUGAAAUGUGCUUCCGAACGUAGUUCCGCAUUCGCGGGAACCAGAAGCUCUCAUGAUUCUGGGCGACUGUUCUGUCAAGUACGAAGUGACCCAUUAAGUCAUAGGACUGCACCACUACAGCCUUCUGCGUACACUGGGGCAGCGCAAACUUGUACUUUUUCUUGCCGUUCUGUUUGAUUACUCAUCAGCCUAUCAUUCUUCAGAAUGUAGUUGCUCACUUUCCCCUUCUCCUGUUCAGUGCGACAAUGUUCCGGUUUUUCUAGUAUGGUCACCAGUUCUCGUAGCUCCUCAUCUCCUCAUCGAAACGCUAGCACUUGGUCUGCAAGGUCGCAGGUGAGGCAGACCUCGAAGUGGUCCUCAAGGACAGAGUCCAUCGGAUUCACCGGCUCUUCCACUGGGCAUCAGAUAAGCGAGUCCACAUGAAGCAUCCGUGAUCUGGGACGGUGCCUCAUUGAAAAAUCAAACUCCUGGAUCAAGUCAUACCACCUCGCAAUCUGGGGCUUAUGUGUUCGUUGUGCAUUAAGGUACACCAGAGCCUGGCAGUCAGUCACAAUAAUAAAAUGGAUGCCAAGUAACAAUGGUUUAAGCCGAUCCGCCGCCCAAAUGAUAGCCAUCGAUUCGAGCUUUAAUGAGAUAGUUGCCCUCGGCGUCGGUCAUUUUCUUGCUUAUGUAGUAGACAAGGUGCCACUCGUCGUCUUUCUGUUAAAGGAGCAUUGCUGCCAGUCCCUUUGCACAGACGUCUGUAUGCAACUGCGUCUCCACAUUCGGGUCGUACAGUUGAACUACAGAUUCACAUGUUAGUCUUGACUUAAAAACUGGAAGCUUUCCUCUUGCUCAGGGUUCCACUCAAGCUUUGCAUUCUUCUUGGUGAGUCUUGUGAGGGGUUCAGCGAUUAACGCAUACUUCGGGACGAAGCGUCGAAAAAAGCUCGUCAGCUCCAAAAAUCGUCUGACAUCAUGACGGUUUUUUGAGACCGGGAACUCUGCAAUUGCCCGUACCUUAACUGCGCCGUGUUGCACCGCUCCGUUCUUCAGUCAAAAGCCCAGAAAAUCCACACUGUCUCUUCCAAAAGUGCAUUUGCUCAGGCGAAGAGUUAAAUUCGCCUUUCUGAAAGCUUCCAGAAUUUCGCGCAGUUGCGUGACGGUAUCACCCGCUUUUUUGAUGGAAUCAGCACAUCAUCAAGGUAACACAUAGCAAUCGUCCCCUUCAGCGGCCCCAAAACGUGGUUCAUAAGACGCUGGAAGAUGGACGGAGCAUUCGUGAGUCCAAACAUCAUCCUCUCAAAUUGACCUGUCUCGUCCGGAGUGAUGAAAGCUGUCUUCUUCGCAUCGUCACUCAAGGGCACCUGAAGGUAGCUGUGAGCGAGGUCUAGAACUGUGUACAUCCCUGCUCCGGAUAGUCCUUCUACUCCUGCUCCGGAUAGCCCAUCAAUGCUUGGUAGAGGUUAUUUUUCUUUUGCGGACUGGGCGUUCAAUUGUUGAUAGUCCAGAACUAGACGCUUUUCUCCGUUCUUCUUUUGAACAAGGAUCAUGGGACUUGCGUAAGCGGAAUGCGUCUCGCUCACAAUCCCCUCUCGUUUCCAUUCGCUGACAAUCUCGCAAAUCGUUUCUCUUUCUGCCACAUAGGUUCAGGAAGGCCAAACCGCAACUGGUGAGCUUCCCGGCACUUCUGGGAUGUCCAUUUCAAGGAUUUUGUGCACCUAAGCUUGCUCGAGUUCGUAGUGAAGCACUCCCGAAUCGCGAUACUCAUUCAGGAGGUCAAGGAGCUCAUUCUUUUGCCCCUCGGUCACCAACGAACCUACUUCGACCUGAUUCUUAUCUAUCGGCUUCCAAAUUGCCGUGGUGAAAACUCCCUGUUUCUCGGUUUCGUAACUCUCUUCUUCUUGGUUUCCUUGGUUGUCCUCCUCGUCGAAUGUGUUUACAAUGUCGACCGCAGUGAUACGUUCAAGACGCUGUCCCUUUUUAAUGGCAACAUCGUUAUUUCCGUUUGGAAAUACUGGAAGAGCAAUCUCUCUGUCUUUCAUGUCGAGAAGAAUUUCUUUUCCACAAUUGUGGAACAGAACGGGGCCAGUGACAUCAGAUUCUGAUGACAGCGUGAUCCAGUUUACCACGUUCGCCUGGAGGGUGGACCUUUCGGUUGUCUUUACAAUCAACUUGGGAUUGUUGCUCAAAUGUUCGAGGUAAGAGAAAGGGCACUGACUCUUGUGCCAAAAGCGUAGACAUCCGCCCAGCCUAGCUUAACUCGCGUAAGGUAGCUCGGUGAAAGUUCGACCAACGAGCAGGUCGACCGACUGGGCUUCGUCUGGUACAACAAAAAGUGUGAUGUCCUUCCCAGUAACACCGUCAAUCUCCAAGUCUGCUUUGCAUUUACCAAUUGACGUUACUGCCGGGACGUCCCGGUUUACAAAUCCAUAAAGAGCUGUUAUGUCUCUCAUCAGCUCAGCACUGCAACGCACUGCCGCAGGCGCGCAAGAGAGGCAACUUCCGGUGUCAAUCAUUCUAAUGAGCUUUUUUUCGCCGUUCCAUGUGACUUGCCUGAGGAGCACUUCAGAAAAACUCCACUCUUUUGAGUUGCUUACGGUGUUGGUCUCACUCCUUGGGGCUCUUUCGAUGAAGUGACGCUGAGUGUGCCUGGUUUUUCCACAGCUCAGGCACUUUAGUAGGCGCUUUCGCUCUGGACAGUCGCGCACGAUGUGACCAAACUGUGAGCAGUUGUAGCACUUACACUGCCCCUUUACGUUGUGUAUUGGUGAUGUCUUAUCCUUGUUGUUUCUCUCGUCAAGUUUUCUUGACAGACGUCAUACCCGCGUCUCGAUUUCGCGGUGUGUCGGUAGCAGCCUUUUUGUCACGCUGUCCACUGAAGCGCUCUUGUCGAUCCCGAUCGAUUCUUUUGAAUUGCUGUAUGUUGUGUAGGAGGUCAUCACCGUCCUCGUGUGUUCUGCCCAUUAACAUGGUGCGCACAGUUGUCUUGAUUGCAAGCCGGCCAGUACUUGCUCGCGAGUAUCGCAGAAGUCGAGGUUUGCCUCUCCACAAAGACUGAUCUUCGAGUGGAAGUAGGCGAUCGUGCUCUCAUUUUGCUGCUGGACGCGGUCUUGCAUUCUUCUCCAGCGUUCCACUGCUCGGGUCUGGCUAACGAAUGUUUGUUGAAACUGGUGCUCGAGAUCUUCCUACGACACAAUUUUUGCAUAGCGUGAGCGUAACCAGUAUUUGGUAGCUUCUGUGAGAUGCGAUUUUGCCGUCUCCAGGAGGAAAGGUGUCGACCACUUGUGAAGAGUCGCCGUCCUUUGUAGGUUCUCAAUCCACUCUCGCGCAGCUGCUGCGUCCUUGCUUCUGUCGAAGUUGGAUAUGUUCUUACUGAGGUCAGGCAUUACCUGGAACGUCGGCACGCCGCUCACUUCCGCUGCUCCUGACUGCGCCGGAAGGGCAAGUCGUCCCAAGAGGUCCGUUAACAAACAAUACUUUCCUUGAAUCAUUCCCAAGAGCUCACGGAAACAAAACUCGUCUCCCAGGGAAUGAGCAAUUUCAGGCGAACCUGCCUGGUUUGGAGAUGCUCCUGAUGCUUCUUGGUUCAUGGUGAAGCGUUGAGCUGUAGAAAUGCAAUUACACCCAGCACACAGGCCCGCACAAUCAAUAUAAAGCGAUAACAUAAUACACUACAUCUCAUACGGAAACUGAAAACUCCGUUGGUAAAGAGUUCCACCAGGAGAUGAAACGUCAGACGGUACCUAAUCCUUGAGUUCCGUGCAGUGAGGAGCCCCCAAUCGUAGGCACUCACACGCACGUCGCCCACCUGUUGCUCUGUGGGUCGCUCCAACCGGGUUCUGAUCGCACCUGACUUGUCGAUCCAGGGUCCGCGGGUUCGGAUGCCUGAAAGCACUUGUUUGCUUGUGUCACUCUUCAAUCCUUUCGUUCCGAGGAGUUGAUUGAUAAUCCCACUUCUGAUAUGUUAUAAAAUUAGUCUAUCUCAAAUAAAAUAUAUUUUGAAAAGAAACGAGGUCUUGACAACUGGGUUUUUGGCGAUUAAAGAAACACUAGGUUUAAUAUUCUCGAUAAAAUUUUAGGUUCCAUGACGGACACUAUUGGUGGUUGCGUACCACCAUCACACAAUGCUCUCGCUCUGAGUCCCACAGGUAGACUGGCGCAUAGUUCUCUUGCGCAGCUUGGUCUUGCCCAUGGCUGUAACCCGAUGCCGCAUCCGGUCCGACGUCAGCCAGUCCCGCCUUCGUGGAAUUCACGUGCGAGACCUUGGUGCCGAGGAGUUAGAAUAAAUUACAAUCCUCCGAGAACACAACCUUGCGCUCAGUGAAAUAAAAGAAAAGGGCAAAACAUAAUGGCGCUCGUUUUGAAUGCCUUCGGCGAAAUAAAAUAAAAGGGCCAAAACAGAAUGGCGCUCGCUUACAACCCCUCCACACUCGCCUAUACGCAAGCGCUCCCAAACGCGCACGUGCUAAUUAGUCCCACGGUUUGGCUAAUAGCUCCUGGAAUUCGUCCCUUCCACUCUUGAAACAUGCAGCGAAGGUCAGGACCCUCUUGUUGGGUGGUCUGGAAGUGGUAGCAGGCGCUGGGCAAUGGAACACCGAACUGCUCUUGUGUCAGAGCACGGCUUUGUAGGUCCCUCUUUUCUCACGUCACGGGAGAGUGCACUCAAAGUGGUCCCCCCACCCCUUCCAACAUACAAACACACACACUCUGUACUCUAUUUUUCCCUAAAGCGGAUUGCAGCGUAUCCUACGAGCUGUCGGAGCAGAUCCAGAACUGAAAGCUUACCACGCGCCAUUCAGUUCAAGUGCGAACGGGACCAAAUGUGAAGAGACCCAGAUGCGAAAAAACCGGUUUGGGCGUUUUGAGAAGGUUCAAACGAAAAGUUCCAAAGGAGAAUGAGGCAAAACGAGAGCGGGCGAAACGCAAAUGGGGGGUUUCGAAAUAUGCCCUGGCCAGAGUAAAUGAGAUGGGGAACAGUUUUGUUGACUUCUGUAUACUUUCAAGGAUGGGACACCAUAGUUUCUGCAAUCACCAAAACCCGGCUACAGAUUGACCGAUGAUGUAUUCUUUGCGACUAUGUGGUGGAACCGCAGCCUUUCAGGGGAAAGGUGGCAUGUUUUUUCUCACUUCUGCCAAAAUAAGUAAUAUUAGAAAUACAAGCUGCAACUGCAUUUAACGUUAAUAUCUUUGCACUGCCCCUUUAAAAGGGAAUUUGUGUGAAGCUGCUGGCAGGAAAGACUUUUUUUGAGCACGAGCAUUGUCUCAGAACAUUUGGCCAGAAUUCGAGUUUGGCAGCAUGGAUUGUGCACAAAGAGUCUGACUGCUUAUUAGCCAUUCAUUUGCAUGCCUACUUUGUCAUCACAAAAAAGUAUUUGGCGGUAAGGAACGAUUACUUGAAAGUGGUGAUCAAGAGGCGUGUCAUUGUAACGGUAAACAGUGUUCAACUUUUUAAUUCAAUAAGACGGGUCAGAGUGGGCCAAUUUUGAAUGUUCUACAUCCGAGUACACGCUGGACCAUGCCUUUGCUCUUGUUUUGAGUUCCUUUGCACUUGUCCGAAGUGUGUUUCAUUGAGAAUGAGGUGUGGUCUGAUAUUUUGUAAAGGAGUUCAUUGUUGUAUUGUUAUUUACUCCUAUCUAUGCAGAAGAUGUAAGCUCGCAGAAAGAAAAUGUGUAACCGCAAUUCCAUUUAACGUUUUUUAAAGAUGAAGUUGGAAAUUUAAGCUCCCUCACUGUUUCAGUUGUUGCUGAUCUUGGCACUGAAGUGCGUGCGGAGUGUAUCUUAAAGUUUCGACCUUGAAGUCCUGUACCAUAUGCUAUCGUAUUUUAGCAAUUACCUCGUGGGUGAUUGAUUGAUGAGCACGUGCAUGCACUGCAGCACUAAUGGGGUAUUGUAGUCGAAUUCCCACACCACCCAGCAAGUUUUUAAAAAGAACUGACAUUGUACCGAUGUCCACGUUUGUAAAAGCGUGCAAUUCCUUUUCAAGAUUGUAUUGGCGAAAGGUGUAGAGAUCUUGGGACUGACCUAAAUAGUUUUGCAGUAAAAUGGAUAGGUGGGCUUCCUCGUGUCCUCAUUUUUUGGCUCUUCGCAAGUUAAAUAGUUUUCACUACCCUCUGCACAGGCAUUUUCUUAAUGAUGUAUUUAUAUGACACCUGCUUGGGGGAAGACUUAACUCUGAAAGAAAAAAGAAUAAAUAAAGCAUUAUUAUUAUAGUGUUUCGGUGGUCACAAAAUUUCGUUGCUCAGUUUUUUUGGUCCUGACAUUUGUUUCAGUGUUGCCUGGCCCUCUGAAAAUUUUAAAGUGGAGAUGUCAUUCAACAAGGUAGAGGGGCUUAGAGCGAUAAACUGGCACCUGAAAGUGACCGCCAAUUGGCUGCCGCCAUGUUGCGCAUU